GCGUAACACGUCAUAAGAAAGUGCAUUAAUAAAAUAAAUUCUUAAUUGUUAAGGUCACCAGUACUGUUGAGUGGUAGUUGAUCGCGGCGCGCGCGCAGGGCACUCGUGUAGUAGAAGCGAAUCGCUUUUUCGUGCCGAAUAGCGAAUCUGAGGAGUUCGCUUAGUGUUACAUAGAGACCGAGGGCCGCCCUACACCACUACCAUCCGAUGUGUUCAGUAUAACUGCAUUCCCAGCAUUUUGUCAGUACCAUGUUUUUGUUACUAAUUCCUGUCAAAGUGGACAUGUCAUUAUCGAUACAGUAGAACUAACUAGCGUGUUAGUUAAGGUGCGGCGUUGUCCUGCUACGAAAUGAGUUACAACUUAUUAUGGAUUUUUCUUCUGAUCCUACAAACAUUCACGACAUCGUUUCCAUUGCCAAAUGGAUACGAUAUGGGCAUCAGCGACACCGGUCAAGAACCAAUGGACAAUGCUUAUAAAAACUUACCUGAUUCUUCAGAUGAAAAAGUGAUAUCUGUGAGAAUAACGUCAUCAGUGGCCGUCGGCCGUGGGAGAGGAAAACCUACCUACAGGCAGUCUGGUCACAUGACAGAUUAUGACCUCAUGAAUGCUCCAUCAAAACCACCUCCUUCGGAGUCAUCAACGACAACUAUUACUUUGAAACGCGAAGAAAUUGUACCGUCGGUUGUAACUGAUGUACCACCAAAUCUCAUAGGUGCCAAUAUAGAAUAUAUUAAACAAUUGAAUGCUAAGAAAGAAACAAAAGAACACAGCGCAGAUGUACUCCAUCCGUCGCAAUUUGUGGAAAGCGAUCAUAUCGACAACGAGGACGAACACUUUCAGUCGGACGCUUCAACAAAAAUAGACGAAUACGAACAUGACGUACCACUUGCAAGAAAAGUGGCUUCGACAGCUGAUGCGAACCGUUUCCAGGAACAUAAAAUAAGUAGAACUUAUCAGAAUGCCGCUAUAAAUCGGCCAUCUGUAUAUACUCCAAAUUAUCAUAUUAAUGUUACAAGCGAAACAUUCAACGGCAAUGCAAGAAAUGCUGACGAUCACAAGAUGGCAAGUAAUUCAACGUUGCCAGUUCUUGAACACCAACCAGAUAAAAAAGAAUCAAGAGAUAUUGAACGCUUAACAAGCAUUGCAACGUUUGAUACCAAUAAUAAUAAUUACCAAACUGACGACUCUGUAGCCGAGUCUUCUAUAAAGUCUGUCGAAUUCACAAAAUAUAACGAAAACAUCGACGAUAUUCCACCGACAGCAACUAUACCAUCGGAUCAUCCUUUGACAAAUCCUAAUCAAGGUUUAGGAAACCGACCGAUCAACGGAGGAAGAAAUAACGCUAGAUUGACAACAGUUAGCUUUAAUAUAGUACACGAUACUUCUAAGGCGACUAAUGAUAAUGAACCUAGUAACUCGUUUAUAACCUCCAGUCAAGUAGUACCCAACCAACCCGGUUUUUACGAUCCACCAAAAAUUUAUAGUCAACCUGCUCAAAUAUACAGCGAGCCCGCUAAAUUUUACAGUGAACCAGCGAAGAUUUACAGUGAGCCAGCCAAAAUAUAUAGCGAGCCGGCAAAAGUGUACAGCGAACCUGCUAAGAUUUAUAGUGAACCAUCCAAAUUUUACAGUGAACCUGCGUCUUUGCACCUUAAUCAAAAUGUUCCUCCGCCGAGCAUGCCACCGAACUAUUCACCCUGGCAAAGACAGUCUCAACGACCGAUCAGCAGCACAGUUGUGAAUACUACUCCCAUAACGACUGCAACAAAUGGAAUCCAAAUGGGAUCCCCAACUCAAAGGGAACACCAGCCGGAGAAAAAUUACGAAGUAGACGAAAAAGUGAGCGUGCUAACUGAUGGUCGGAGCCACGGUGUGCAGACUCAAGAGACGAGUACAGAGAAAUGUAAGCAAGAUAAUUGUAAGGUAGGAUAUGUAGUAGAGGGGCGUCAGUUUAAGAAAUACAGGGUAGAGGAAAGGACGUCGGAUGGGUUUAUAGUCGGCGAGUACGGCGUGGUGCGGAAUGAGGACGGCGCGCUGCGGGGCGUGCGCUACACAGCCGACAGCGACGCCAGCCCGCGGCUCAUACACGACGCGCUUAUGAAGUUCCUACAGCUCAAAUAGGUCUAAUACUCACUUCUGGUCUUUACAGAAAUAAAUUCACACGUAACUUACUUGCUCAUUUAAUUAACUACUUACAUAAAUGUAUCAUAACUGUAUGAAUAACCAACAAUCAAAGUACAUUUUAACAGUUCUAUGUAUUAUAAAGACUGAAUGAUUAAAUAUAAUGCAAAUCCAUGUAUUACAGUUUAGUACCUUCCUUUUGUAAUUGUCCAAUGAUCGGACGAUUUCUUAAUUUAAAAUAAUGUCUAAAUGUUCGUAUCCACUUCUUUUACCUUCCAAUUAAAAAGAAGGUAUGCUAAAAGAGUUCGUUUUCCGCAAUGAGACAUCAUAAAUUAACUUCAUAAUGCGUGUUGGGAAUCACACUAGCGUACGUGACCUACGUCUCAUUAAGCAGGUAAUUGGAUGUACAAUAAAUACUUGUAAUUUAUUCUCGAUGCCUUGUUAUUGGAACAUUGACAUUUUAGUUAUAAUUGAAACGAUUUUUAAUAAGGGUAGAGGAAGUAUCCAACGUCAUGUUAACAUACUCUUGCUAUCAAUUUAAUUUAUGUUUUGCAUUUAAGUAAAUAAAUGUUUCAGAGAAUAAAGUUGUAUUAAACCCAA